AUGUGGCGAGACCGCACCAAUCUCUUCAUCUCCUACCGCCAGUCGUACUCGCACCACCCGCAAAAGAGGACGCGCUAUGGCGGACCAGGCUCCAAUGGCUUCGGUGACGGUCGUCGCGUGUCAGAGGAGCGGCAGGGACUCAUGUCCAGCGGCGCAUACGAAGACGACGGCGAUGCGGUGAUUGAAAUGGACCUGCUGCCCCCGCGCUGGCUCGACAUUCAGGACGAAGUCACCGACCACCUAGCAGACAUUGCAAAGCAGACGCGGAAGCUUGACCAGCUCCACCAGAAACACGUGCUGCCAGGCUUCGAUGACGACGCGGACAAGCAACGCGAGGAGCGCGAGAUCGAGCAGCUCACCCAGAGCAUCACCCGCAGCUUCCAGCGAUGCCAGCAGGCCAUCAAGCGCAUAGAAACCAUGGUCCGCGACGCAAAGCAACAGGGCAACAUCAACCAGGGCGAGGAGGUCAUGGCCCACAAUCUCAAAAUCUCGCUAGCCACACGUGUGGGCGAGGUGAGCGCCAUGUUUCGCAAGAAGCAGUCGGCCUACCUCAAGAAACUGCGCGACCUUGGUGGUUUCUCUUCUCCCUUUCGAGCGCCGACACCUGUGCAGAACCCCUACAAUGAUCCCGCUCUCCAGGAAUCCGACGCCGACCGAUCCUUUUCGCAGUCCACUCUACUCCAGACGAAGCAGCAGCGGCUGCGCCAUGAUCCCAACGAGGCUUUGAUUGCUCAACGUGAGCGCGAAAUCGAAGAUAUUGCCCAAGGCAUCAUUGAGCUGGCCAACAUCUUCCAAGAGCUACAAACCAUGGUGAUUGAUCAAGGGAGCAUGUUGGAUCGCAUAGACUACAACGUCGAAAACAUGUCGAGAGAGGUAAAGGAGGCAGACAAGGAGCUCAAAGUGGCCUCUGGCUACCAGAAACGAGGCAUCAAGAGAAAGAUUAUGCUUUUGCUUGCCAUUCUGAUCGCAGGCGUCUUCAUACUACUAUCUCUGAAGCUGAGCAGCAGAGGCGGAAACGAUAGGCCUGUUCCACAGGUACCAGAUGUCCCUCCAGCAGUCAUGGUGCGGAACCAGCGCCAGUCCGUGGCCUCAAGGACAAGUCGCAACUGGCACCGGCGAAAACGACGUCUAUGGGACACCCAGCUAGACGAUCGGCUCCUACGAUAG